AUGGGUCUCGACGCACCGCUGGCCGCCCGGUGCGUCUCGGCACUCGCUGCGCUGCUCGAGCGCGAAGAACACUUAUUUCUGAGACGACCCCCAACAUGGCCGACAGCCAAGGCUGCGCUCAAGGCCUCGCAGCACUUCACCGACCUCACGCGUCUCCACGUAGCCCUCCAGCCGUCGGAAGCGCGCCGGUUGCUGCUGUGCGCACUGCCCCUGCAUGAUGCGGUGAACCACUGGCUAUCGGUGCAAGGCGACGCUGCAAGCGAGCUCACGUUGAGCCAGCGGCAUACGUGGCUGCGCAGCCGGCUCGAGCUCUUGACGGAUCUCGCUGCCACGUGUCAUGCACAGCAGGCGCGCAAAGAGGCAUUGGCAUAUCUCUACAAGGCACUCGACUGCCAUUAUGGCCUCUUGGAGCUCGCACUUUUAGAUACAACUCCCAACCACGCGCUUUUACUGGCGCGUAUCGAGAUUGCACGAGCGCAUCUACACCUUGGCGCAGUCUCGACGGAACUACAACUGUUGGACGCAGGUGCAUUCCACGCUCGCACGGCGGCGGGCGUCGCGUUCGAAGUGCUUUUGGCCGCGGCGCAAGCUCCGGUGGUCGCACGGCGGCAGCGCGACGAGUGGGCACAGCUGCUAGGUCGCGCACUGUACGACUUCAGCGUCCACCAAGAGAAACAGCACGAGGUCGAGCUCUCGCGCUUUUACUUGAUUUUGAACGACAGGCAGACGGCCGACGCGCUCCAAGCGUGUCGAAAAGCUUAUGAAGUGACGGUCGCUAGCGUUGGGAAGCAGCAUCCUCGCGCCGACGUCCUUUGGAAGCGCUUGGAUACACUCGUCCACGUGACGAGCGCCACCAAGACGAACAAGAGCGAGCGUGGGUCUGUGGACGCAGACCCAUGGCGCACGCCGAGUGCGUGGAAGAGCUUAUUGCAGUCGUUCGGCUACGUGGGUGGGUGCGAUGUGCCAGAGAAGCCUGCGAUCCCAACCAAGCCACCAGCGGCGAAAAAGAUCGCGCCGACCCCCCGCGUCCCCAAGACGCCCACGAAACCCAACAUUGUGGAUUUAACGGGAUGCCCAACGCCGCGCCUUCUGGCCUUGAGCCCUGUGCUGCACAAGGACAUUGUUGUUGUCGACCCGUCGCCAACACCGAAUGCUCGGCGACCGCAGUCGGCCACGGCAUGGGCCCGGUCAACAGCAAGUACCUCUGCACUGGCAACACCACCAAAGCGUCCACGGCCACAGACGGCCAGCAGUGGUCGGUGUCCGACCCCGCGCAUCUUUAGCCCCGUGCGAAGCAAUCCAGCUACAACACUUGGGCACAAGACGCGGCUGGAGCUUGCCAUUGCCGACGCCAACGGCACAAAGACAGUGGUCGCACUCACGAUUCUGGAUACGCUGGAGGCGCCGCUGCCAGAGGUCGUUGCCUGUGUGGCCGACCUCGUCGAUGCCAUCCUGACGCGCGACAUGAUACCAGAAUGCAACGGCGUGAACGCGACAACACAAGCUGACGAGGCAGUGAUACACGGCGCGGUUGUCGCUGCUUUGGAGAAUACCUCGUCACUUGCCACCGAAAUGGUCGAGACGCUGCACGAACCGCCCAUGUUACUUCAGUUGGAAGAUACUGUGCUCUCUUUCGAGUCGAAUCUGGCACAACUCGGCAGCGACAAAGGUCGCUCACCCCGCACCACGGACGUCCAUUUGCCACCCGAGCUCGAGCUCGAGGCUCCCGUUGUACCCAGCACUCUACCCUUCGAGCCCGCAGAAGAGAAGAGUCCACGAACGAUGCCAUCGCCUCUGGACGGGUUGCACGACCCACCGCCGCCGUUUGGUACACAUUUCGAACCCGGUGACGCUUCGACGUUUUUGAAAAAGAGCAGCUCGUCGAACUCGUUGGCCGACGACGACGCUCAGUUGCUGCAGUUGUUUCUGGAGUCUCCGGGUCGCGACAAGAACGAGGACGAUGACGAGACUCGUCUCUGCUGCCGUGCAAUCCUGGACGGUCUCGUCGCAUCGGUGGUGGCUCUGUACAUGACAAGUGGCCAACAUGCAAAAUAG